UGUAUGAGCGUGUGUCGGCUCAGUGCUCCGUUGCUACCGGACAGAUCACCAUGGCGGACCCGAGCUCCUUCUCCUGCGUCACCAGCUGCGUCACCAAGCACCUGAACCUGGCGCUCGCGCUGGACUUCGAGCGGCGCGUGAUCAGCGGAACCGUGGCGCUCACCGUGGAGGCUCUGCAGGACCGGUUCUCCGCCCUGACGUUGGACAGCCGGGACCUGCAGGUUGUCUCGGUGAGCGCUAACGGCCAAGCGGCGCGCUUUACGAUGGGCCCUAAACACACCUUCAAGGGGACGCCACUGAACAUCACGCUGCCCUUUGACCUCUCCAGAGGGCAGCAUGUGAUCGUGGAGGUGACCUAUGAGACGUCUCCGGGGGCGACGGCGCUGCAGUGGCUCACACCUGCUCAGACUGCUGGGAAGACACAGCCCUACCUGUUCAGCCAGUGCCAGGUGGGUUCUCUCAAUAAAGCUUCAGACAUUCAAUCAGCGGGAAGUUGAGACGUAGCACGUGUGGUAACGGGGGUUCGGUUAUGUCAUAAUUACGAGCAGAUGUCAGGAAGUUGAGACAUUUUACGUGUGGUAUCGUGUGUUCGAGAAUAAAAACAAGAUAACACUUGACAUGAAAAACCUUUACACAUGAUGACAUCUGUGUUCUGAUUGGCUCUCAGGGAGAUCGGGCCCAGGUCCAGAGUCUGGUCUGAGAAAGAGUUUGUGGACAAAGCGGCGUUCGAGUUCUCCGAGACGGAGGCCAUGUUGGCGGCGGCCGAGCAGCUCGCCGGUCCGUACGUGUGGGGUCAGUAUGACAUCCUGGUCCUUCCUCCGUCGUUCCCCUACGGCGGCAUGGAGAACCCCUGCCUGACCUUCGCCACGCCCACACUGCUGGCAGGAGACAAAUCUCUGUCCAACGUGAUUGCUCAUGAGAUCUCCCACAGCUGGACCGGUAAUCUUGUGACCAACAAGACCUGGGAACACUUCUGGCUGAACGAGGGCCACACCGUGUACCUGGAGAGGAUGAUCCUCCGGGGGCUGGAGGGGGAGCACUUCAGACAGUUCAAAGCCAUGGGGGGGUGGAAGGACCUGCAGGACUCGGUGAGAACCUUUGGAGCCAACAACCCUCUGACCUACCUGGUGCCGAGCCUCCAGGACGUCGACCCCGACGACGCCUUCUCCUCGGUCCCCUACGAGAAAGGGUUCGCUCUGCUGUACCACCUGGAGGAGCUUCUGGGGGGGCCAGAGGUGUUCAUGGGUUUCGUGAAGUCUUACAUCCAGAUGUUUGCGUACGGCAGCGCCACCACCGACGAGUGGAAGAGCUACCUGUUCACCUACUUUAAAGACAAGGUGGACAUCCUGAACCAGGUGGACUGGACCGGCUGGAUGUUCACGCCUGGGAUGCCUCCAGUCAAGCCUCAGUACGACACCAUGCUGGCAGAUGCCUGUAUUGGUCUGAGCCAGAGGUGGAUCCAGGCAAAAGACACGGACCUGAAGACCUUCAACGAGUCCGACAUAAAGACGCUGUCGUCCCACCAGAUCAUCGAGUUCUUGUCUCUGCUGCUGCAGGAGGGCCCCCUCCCACUGAUCCAUGUGAAGAGGAUGCAGGAGCUCUAUGAUCUCAACGCCAGCAGGAACGCAGAGAUCCGCUUUAGGUGGCUCAGGUUGUGUGUUCGGGCCAGGUGGGAGGAAGCGGUUCCCAUGGCGAUGAAGAUGGCGACAGAGCAGGGCAGGAUGAAGUUCACCAGACCGCUCUUCAAGGAGGUGUUUUCCUUUGAGAAGUACCAGGAUGAAGCGGUCCGAGUGUUCCAGUCCCACCGAACGGCGAUGCACCCGGUCACCUCGGGACUGGUCGCCAAGGACCUGAAGCUGGACGCCAACACCGCCAGCCUGUAACCACGGCAACCAGCCGCUGACCACGGCAGCCAAGCGGUGCCUAUGGCAACCGGAUGGUGACAGCCGUCUUCCUCCUGUGUGCGUCACGAUCUCAGGGCAGAAGAAAUAAAAUCUAAAAUCAAAUAAAAACUC